AUGUCUUUCGGCCUAUCCCUUAUUGGGGAGGGGGCAGUAUGCGCUGCUGCGGCCCUUGCCGGCCUUGCUACUGCGGCUAUCAUCGGGUGGUCGAUUCUUUCCAGCAUAGGUGGGUGGCUUUUCGGUGGAUCUCCAUCUAAACCCAACGUUGGCGUCCCAACCACAGUAGCGGGCCGAACUGCGUAUGGCCAGUGGCCUAUUCUCGACUUUAGCGGCGGCACUACGACGAGUACCUGCGAUUGUGUGGUCACAUAUACGUGUCGCUACGGCAUGGGUUGGGAUGAGAUUUGUGAUAACCAGAGACGGGGAAUCAACAAGCUGCUCAACGGAAGGACCGUCUAUCAGCCAUUGACAACGAGCCGCGCUGUCGGUGCUAACCAAGCACUAUGGAAAGGCCAGCGCAUUGAGGCCUACCGAACCAGGGCUCAAGUAAAGCUUCAAGGCUCAAGAUAUCGAUGUGAAGUUGAUGAGUUUCCUAUGGGUAACCUGGCGGAAUCGGGAAAUAAGGCCCCGCAAGCUUGCCGUCUCGUUAACGGUCCUGCGAAUGGGAGACAGGGAAUUGAUUAUAAGGCGUGGAAAACGGCGCAGUGGCAUCCUUGCUCGACGUACCGCUCUGAUGUGUGCGGUAGUAGGGACGGUGGGCCGCCUGCAACCUGGGCGUUUGGGCCACUGCCCGCGGGUCGCGGUAGUGGCAGUGGGAAACACUUCAUCGAUGCUUAUGGUUUCGACGAUCAAACGGCCGGCUCAUCUUGCUGGGCUACAUACACUUACACUGAUUCACCUGGAGUUAUCAGCACCUCCACGGUUGUAGACCAUGGCUUUCGCGUUCUCGACGAUGAUUCCAUGUACGGUAACGCCUAUGGAUGGCCUCGACAGUCCUGGCGCCUCGAUCCAGCCCCGAUCGCGAGCCAGCAACACAGGCCUUAUGACUCCCAACCGGUCGUAUUCCAGCGAAGAGACCUUCUCGGCAACGGCACAUGGUCUGAGGAAGAUAGCGACCCCGCUGGCGUCUGCCACGCAGACCUCAGAUCACUUGGCAAUGGCAACCAGGAUGCCUAUCUUGAUCUUGAUUAUGAUAAUCUCCUCUUUGUCGAUAUGGAAGGCAACCCUGUUGACGGUCGCACAUGUAAUGUCAUCUACGAAGAUGACGACCCGCACUCCGAACUGCGUCUCAUGCUGAACGAGGAGGGACAUGUCGUGGACAUGUAUAUGGGCGACGCGGAGGCUGGUUCGUGGACAAGAGAGGCGCUCAAAAGUUCCAGGUCGGACACGGUGACUGUUGAUCCCACCACCGUCACUGUCACGACGGGUGUUGCGGCGGGCGGCGAGUCUCGACCCACGUUCCCUGCCAGCACGAUUGGCGUGCAGACGGCAUCGGGAACUGUGGUGACACCGGCGCCGUAUGUGUACGGUCUUUGA